UUAAGUCGUGUUUAACCCUAGGUGCACUAUUCUAUAGAAAUUUUUUUAGCUUGCUCUCUUGGCCUCGAAUCUAUCUGAAACUUAUAAAAAUUAAGACCUUUUUUUUUUCUUUCAAAAGAAGAUAGAAUGAGUUUACUUUUUGAUGAAUAUGGGCUCCCGUUUAUUGUCGUCCGUGAUCAAGAACAAAAGCAGAGACUAAAGGGUGUUGACGCUGUAAAGUCACACAUCUUGGCUGCUCGCAAUGUUGCCAACAUUUUGAAAAGCUCCCUUGGACCUAAAGGUUUAGAUAAAAUAAUGGUUAACUCCGAUGGCGAAGUUACUGUAACGAAUGACGGAGCUACCAUUUUAAAGAUGAUGGACGUACGUCAUCAAGUAGCAAAGUUGUUAGUUGAGUUGUCCCAGUCGCAAGACGAUGAGGUGGGCGAUGGUACUACCUCGGUUGUUGUCUUAGCCGGCGCCUUAUUGGAACAAGCAGAAGCUUUGUUAGAUAAAGGCAUUCACCCGGUACGUAUUGCUGAUGGUUUCUCAAUGGCUGCUGAAAUCUGCUGCAGACACUUGGAAACCAUAAGUGACGAGGUUGAAGUCAGUUCUGAAGGGAAAACUGCGUUAGUAGAGGUAGCCAUGACUGCUUUGGGCUCAAAAAUUGUAAGUCGGUGCCACCGGCAGAUUGCGACUAUCGCUGUUGAUGCCGUUUUAGCCGUGGCUGACUUGGAACGAAAAGAUGUUGAUUUUGAGUUGAUUAAAGUUGAAGGCAAGGUUGGUGGCAAAAUGGAAGAAACGACGCUAGUAAAGGGCGUAGUGGUCGACAAAGGCUUUUCUCAUCCACAGAUGUCCAAAGAACUGAAAAACGCUAAGAUUGCUAUAUUGACUUGUCCCUUUGAGCCUCCUAAGCCGAAGACCAAGAAUACUCUAAGCAUUAAAUCAGUAGAAGAUUACGAAAAAUUGCACAACUAUGAGAGAAAAACGUUUGAGGACAUGAUAGGCCACGUAAAAAAAUCUGGUGCUAACAUUGUGUGCUGCCAGUGGGGUUUCGACGAUGAGGCUAACCAUAUGCUUUUGCAAAGCUCUCUUCACGCUAUACGUUGGGUGGGCGGAUCAGAAAUGGAGCUCGUUGCUAUAGCCUCAGGGGGUCGCAUAGUCCCCCGUUUUGAGGAGUUGACUCGUGAGAAGCUAGGUUCAGCCGGAAUUAUAAGAGAAAUACAAUUCGGAACCACAAAAGACUCUAUGAUAUUUAUUGAGAGCUGCGCUAACUCGAGGGCUGUUACUAUUUUUGUCCGUGGAGGAAAUAAAAUGAUAGUUGAAGAGGGCAAAAGAAGCAUUCACGAUGCUUUAUGCGUCACGCGGAAUUUGGUGAAGGACAAUCGUAUUGUAUAUGGAGGCGGCUCUGCAGAAAUUUCUUGUGCCAUUAAGAUUAACGCAGAAGCUGAUAAAAUUGCCACGCUGGAGCAAUACGCUAUUCGAGUUUUUGGAGAUGCAUUAGAAUCUGUACCGAUUGCGCUGAGCGAAAAUAGCGGCUUCCCCGCUAUAACAACCCUUGCUAACGUUAAGACGCUUCAAAUCAGCACGAAUAAUCCUCAUUUAGGAAUUGAUUGUUUAAAAAGAGGGACCUAUGAUAUGAAGGAACAGAGGGUCAUCGAAACCUUGAUUGGUAAGCAGCAGCAAAUUAUGCUUGCCACGCAGGUUGUUAAGAUGAUAUUGAAAAUUGACGAUGUAAUAGCCAACGAAAUUUAA